GGUUAGUUAAUAACCACCUAAAGUUCGCACGUGGGUGCAUUCCAGCAGUAAGAAUUGGAGAAGAAGGCGGGAAGAAUUAUACGGUCACUUCAAAAACUCUACACUAUGAUCUAUCUAUCAUUUCUUUCCUAUCAUUUGGUUAAAACACAUUAAUUAACAUUAUAAUUACAUUUAUCAGUCCCUUAAUCAUUAACCCCCCUUAUCAUUAAUUUGCUUGACAAUGCUAAUAACAGAAAAUGUAUGAUCAUAUCAACUAUCUCCAUUUUUUUCCAGAACCAGCAAACUCAAUUUUUCCUUCAUUUUUUUCUCUCUCCUAAUUCAAAAUUUUAUAGUUUCAUCUAUUUUUUUAAUAUCUUUUUUUUUUUCUUUGUCUAAAUGCAUUUCAUGAUUAUUCAAUUUACACCCUAUGUUCCAUUGUUUUUUUUUUUUAUUUUUAUUUGGAUUCAAAAUCUUUUUGAGUGUUCUUAGCUAUUUGUUACCCAAUCCAAAUCCAGAUUCAUUACAAUUAAUUUUUUUUGUUCGAUUUUAAUUAUUAAUUUAGGGUUUGAGAUCUUGGAGUUUCUGUUUGAUUGAUUUAGAAAAGUGCAAUUAGAGGAGAAGAAAAGCUGCAGUCGGGGUUUCCAAACAAGAAUUGUUGUUUGGACCCAAAUUUCCCAUUCUGUGGAUUUGAUUUUCCUUUUUUCUUAAAAAUAAAAAUUUGGCAUCAAUAAUUGGGUUAUUAGAGACUAAUCUAGAUUAUUUUGAGGGUGAAUUUCGAAGAAAAGAGUUAAUAAGAAGUUAAAGAUUUGGUCUUUUUUAAAGACUUUUUAAUUUUUAUUUUUGAUGGGGAAUACAUGUGUAGGACCAAACCUUAGCCCCAAUGGAUUCUUACAAUCUGUUACUGCUGCUGUUUGGCGAACCCGGCCACCGGAGGAUAGGUUACCACCUCCUUCUAAAGAAGAUCAAAACAGCAACAAAAGUGAUAUAUCAAAGAAAUCUGAAGAAAGUUCAAAGAAAGGAUCCAAUCAUGCCCCAAUUCAAGAUACCCCACCUGAAAUGGUUAAGAUUACUGACGCACCACCUAAAGCCAUGGAACAUGAAAAAUCGAUCAGGCCUGAGAUGAGGAAUGUAAGUAUUAAGGUUGCUGAGGAUCCAAAACCCAAGAAAUCCAAUCAUUUCAAGAGAGUUUCUAGUGCAGGGCUGCAAAUGGACUCAGUUUUAGGGCGAAAAACAGGCAAUUUGAAGGAAAUUUAUAGCUUAGGGAGGAAGCUUGGACAAGGCCAAUUUGGGACUACAUUUCUUUGUAUUGAGAAAGCUACUGGGAGAGAUUUUGCUUGUAAAUCUAUUGCGAAAAGGAAGUUGACGACGCAGGAGGAUGUAGAGGAUGUUAGGAGAGAAAUUCAGAUAAUGCAUCAUUUGGAAGGUCAUCCUAAUGUUAUCAAAAUUAUUGAUGCCUAUGAGGAUGCUGUUGCAGUUCAUGUUGUUAUGGAACUUUGUGCUGGAGGUGAACUUUUUGAUAGAAUUAUUCAGAGAGGGCAUUAUACAGAAAGAAAAGCUGCUGAGCUUGCAAGGUUGAUAGUUGGUGUUGUGCAAGCAUGCCAUUCUUUAGGUGUUAUGCAUAGGGACUUGAAGCCGGAGAAUUUUCUAUUUGUUGAUCACGAAGAAGAGGCAGCUCUUAAAACGAUAGACUUUGGGCUUUCAGUGUUCUUCAGGCCAGGCGAAACAUUCUCUGAUGUAGUCGGGAGUCCAUACUAUGUAGCCCCAGAAGUGUUGAAGAAACAUUAUGGUCCAGAGUGUGAUGUUUGGAGUGCCGGGGUUAUCAUUUAUAUUUUACUGAGUGGUGUCCCCCCAUUUUGGGAUGAAACGGAACAAGGAAUAUUUGAGCAAGUUUUGAAAGGUGAACUAGACUUCAUAUCAGAACCUUGGCCUAAUAUAUCUGAAAGUGCAAAAGAUCUGGUGAGAAAAAUGCUUGUAAGGGACCCUAAAAAGCGGCUGACAGCCCAUGAAGUUCUCUGUCAUCCUUGGGUUCAGGUGGAUGGUCUUGCCCCCGAUAGACCUCUUGAUUCGGCUGUUUUAAGUCGUUUGAAGCAAUUCUCAGCCAUGAACAAGCUCAAGAGAAUUGCUAUUAGAGUCAUUGCUGAAACCCUGUCUGAAGAGGAAAUUGCAGGCCUAAAAGAAAUGUUCAAGAUGAUAGACACAGAUGGUAGUGGACAGAUUUCACUUGAUGAAUUGAAGACUGGUUUAGAAAGAGUGGGAGCUAUUCUCAAGGAUUCUGAGAUCGACUCAUUAAUGCAAGCAGCGGAUAUUGACAACAGUGGUACCAUAGACUAUGGUGAAUUCAUAGCAGCAAUGCUCCAUCUAAACAAGAUUGACAAGGAGGAUCAUCUAUUUGCAGCUUUCUCUUACUUUGAUAAAGAUGGGAGUGGAUACAUCACACAAGAUGAGCUCCAACAGGCCUGUGACCAAUUUGGGUUAGGUGAUAUUCACAUUGAAGAUAUAAUACGUGAAGUUGAUCAGGAUAAUGAUGGUCGGAUUGAUUACAGCGAAUUUGUGGCCAUGAUGCAAGAUUCUGGUUGGUCGGAGCGGAGAUCAAAAUAGCACAUUGUAUUUGAUAAAAGAGAUGCCUCGAUGCAAUAGUACCUGACCUGGUAUGGCAACACCAACAGAGUUAGUCCAUAUUGUAGUUUCUAGCUAGCAUUUGUUGUCAUUGUAAACAUCAGGCAGGGUUGAGAGAGGGUGAAAAAGUGAGUUUUCUUUUCAUUUUAGUCUAUUUACCUUCCAUUUGUCUACUAAGUAUAUUAAUUUGGAUUAGAUUGCAGGUUUGUAAGUUCAAAGCCUCGUUGUUCAUAAUUUAACUUUUUCCUUUUUCCAAAACAAUGAAGAUUACAUUUCAUCUUAAUGCUUCGCUGCUA